CUUCCCACUCUCUUGGAAAUAAAGCCCAUUACCCAAAACCCAGCGAUUGUGGAGACUUUGAACGAGCAAAAGACACGAAGGCUGGCGAAGAAUCCGAAGACUGGCAGUCGGAGCUUCGAAAGCCCCACCAUAACAACAAGCCCCAGUCGCAAUCGCAAUCGCAGUCCGCAGUCUUCAAGUCGCUCGAUCAGUUCGAGUUUGUCCGUGGAAGUCGCCAGUUCGGUGUCGCGUUUCAGAUUCAGAUUCAAUUUCAGUUUCUGUUUAAGUUUAAGUUCCUAUAACUAUUGCUAGGCAAUGGCAAGCUUUUGCCACCACUGAUAUAUAUAUAUAUAUCUAAAUAUGUGUAUAUUUUUUGUGCUCAAGAAGCUAUAGUUUGUGGAACGUGCGUUCAGAUCGAUUCGUGUGUGUGUGCCGUGCCGUGUUGUGCCGUGCCCCUUCAUCUGAAAGCGAAAACUUGCACUGGCACUGGCGCUCUCAAGUUCAGUCGGCGAUUUGUCGAUUUCUAUGGAAAUCAUUACUCGGAAAAGAAACACAGCACAGAGUCACAGUCAGAGUCGAAGUCAGAGUCAGAGUCAGAGUUGGAGUCAAAAGACAGCCCAGCCAGAAAUAAAAAAAAGAAGAAAAAGAGCGUGCUAUUUUUAUUUCGCUAAAUGUCGACUCGAGGCUCACGUCGCCGGAGCAGAGCCAAAGUCUCCGUUUCAACUGGCGAGAGACUGUAACCCGAGUCGCCCGCCGUUUUGCAAAAUAAAAUAAAACAACACAACAGAAAAUACAGAAAAAAAUUGAAAAAAACCAGACAAAACAGACAAACAGCAACAGAUUGUAUCUGUAUCUAUAGUCGCGACUUGCGGCUCGUUUUGUGUGCGCACACAUUCGUGUAUCUGUAUCUGCGGCAAAAAAAAUACAAAAAAAAACUUAAAAGUAAUCAUAAACUGGAAGGGAAAGAAAGACAAAUAAAUAAAAAGACUGCCGCUCCCCAGCCUCCGUGUAGCUUAUUCUAAGCUUUGAGCUAGAUAGAUAGCUCCAGAUAGCCCUGUUUGUGAAUCAGCUGAGUCGCCUUUUUUUGUGGGCGGCUGCGAUGUGAGUGGAGGAUCGAAGAUCCCCAGGAAGUAGCGCUGAAAAACCUAGCAAAUUGAGAAUCUAGUAAGAGCAAGAGAAGAAGAACCAUGGAUUAUCUUUGCAUACUGAAUGCCUUCGAGCAGAAUUACUACAACCAGAUUAAGGCGGCCGCCGCCGCCGCAGUUGCCGCUUCGCCUGCCUCAUCCGCCUGCUCCACGGCCUCCACAUCCUCGGCAUCCUGCUCCAGUGGGCCGUCCACCUCGUCGUCUGCCUCCUCCACGGCCAGUUCGCCCGGUUCGUCGGCACGGGAAGUGGCCCAGGCAGCGGCUGCCUUGGCGGCCACCCAAGAUUUGGCUGCCUAUCAGGAGGCCGCAAUAUCCCCGUCACAAGCCGCCCUCUUGUACCAUCAUCUGAAGCAGCAACAGCAGCAACAGCAGCAGGAGCAAUUUCAUCGGUUUCCCUUCCAUAGCCAGCAGCUGAAGCAGGCGGAGUCCGGCAAUCAGCAGCAGCAUCCUCAUCCUCAUCCGCAUCCGCAGGCAGCCGCCGAUCCUAAUGCCUCCUCCAUGGCCAACAGUUUGCUCUGGCAGCCGUGGCGGGAUCUCCAGCAGGCAGCCGCCAUGCACCAUCAGCUCUACAGGCAGCAGCAGCAGCAGCAGCAGCAGCAUUUGCACAAAGAGAUGCGUGUGACGGCCAAGGAGCUGCCCACCACCAAGUGGAGACGCGAGCGGCGCCAGCGGACCGCCGAGUAUCCGGUUCAUGAGGCAGGCAACAGCGAUAGGGAGCGGGAAAGGGAAAGGGAGGAUCGCGACAUGGACAGCCCCAUUGACAUGUCGGUGACAACGGGAGCGCUGAAGCUGCGGGCUUCACCGCCACCACCUUACCGCGAACCGCUGCCUGGGACCAACUACGCGGCCAACAGCCGACCCAGCGUCAUCACCCAGGCUCCGCCAAAGCGGGAACCUCCCGAGCAGGCCCACUCCUCAGAUGUGGCUAUGUGUGACAUUGACGAGCACUUCCGGCGCUCGCUGGGCGAGAACUAUGCGGCCCUGUUCGCCAAGAAGUCGCCGACGCCCACGCCCACACCCACGCCCUCGCCAAGUGGAACGCCCAAGCAACAGGUCUCGCCACUGACCUAUGGACCGCCUUCAUCAUCGUCAUCCAGCACGGGAGCAGCAGGAGCCACUACAACGCAACUUUACCACCAGCAGCAGCAGCAGCAGCACCGUUCGCCGCUGGCUAAGCCGGGUUUGGUCAUCCUGGAGCCGGAAUCCGAGCAGCCGGAACUGCCGCCGCCGCAGGAGGAGCCGCUGCCACUCUCGCUGGCACUGCAUCGCACCCAAGCGCCGCCUUCGCCGCCGCCCUCGGCCACGGGAUCGGGACCGGCGCUGCCCGCGGCCGUCAGCCAGGUGAUGGAGGCGGCGGUGGCCGCCAAGCGGAUCCUGGACACGCCCCACCACACGCCGCCCAGAUACAACACGCCGCCGCCGCCACCGGCCUAUGCUGUGAGCCCAGGAACUGCUGUGACGACGCCGCCGACUUUGACACCGACUCCUACUCCGAUUGCGAUUCCUAUACCGACGAUUUCGACGACUCCAACACCAAAUCUGAAUGCGAAUCCGAAUCCGACGCCCUCGCAGAUUCCCACGCCCACGGCCAGCAUGCCGGCCAUCAUUCGGGUGAAGGCUGAGCCGGGACUGGCGGCUGUGGCCGCAUCCUCCACGCAGACGCCGCCCGCCUCGCCCACCUCGUCCACGAACAUCUCGAUAUUCACCAAGACUGAAGCCUCGGUGGACGAUCACUUUGCCAAGGCGCUGGGCGACACCUGGAAGAAGCUGCAGGGCGGGCACAACAAGGAGUAGGAGUAGGAACCAGAGCCAGAGCUAGAAGAAACCCACCCGCACAGGUCCCCAAUCCAAACCCAAACCCAAACCCAAAUCCAAAUCCCAAUAUCCAACAACCGAUCCUCAACGAUCCAACUCAAGAGCUGUUUUUAUUAUAAAUAUUUCAAACUACACAAUUAACGUUUAAAGAUCUCAUGCUGAUGUGAACGGAAAUUCUUCAACUGCGAGUGUAUUACAAGUUUCUGAUAUAAUGAUUUUAUUGAAUAUUGAUAAAGAUUAGCGCGGAUAUAUAUAUGAUAUAAAAUAUAUGAUAUAUAUAUACAUAUAUAUGUGUAUGGCAAAGUGUAUACGUACAAGUGACAAAAUUUUGUAUUCUUAAUGCUUAGUUGGUAGAGACUAAUCCUUAAUAAUAUACCUAUUAAACAUAAGU